CCAUAAAAAAGCUACAUGUCAAAUUUUGCAUUUGUCACAGGAACUGGUUCCCUCAUUGGACUUCAUAGAGGCAAAAUUUUAGGGUACAGUACUAGGACAAAGCGUUGUGCAGUUUGUGAGGUAACCGUUAGAAAUGGCAGUGCUCCAAGAAAACAUGACUGUCGAAAGAACUGGACAGGGUCCUCCAAAGCAAUGGAGCCAGAUGUUGCUGCAGAGUUGACAGUGUCUGCAUCACAACACCAUGUCCAAGUUAAAAUACUUGUUCGGGAUGAGGACUCAAGCACCAUAAAAAAGGUCACAGAAUGCGUGUCACAUGAUGUUGAGAAGUGGUUGGACAUAGUGCAAACUAAAAGGUCGUUUGGAACCUCUCUGUAUGCCCAAAAUUACAAAGGAAUCCUCAGUGUUAAAGUUAUUAACUACUUGUUGACAUGUUUUGGCUAGCAAAACAAGGGUAAUCUUUAAGGACUUCAGAAAGACCUAAGAGCAAUUGUCCCUCAUGCUUUUGGGAAACAUGGAAACUGUGACCUAUCUUGGUGUGGUUUCCUCAAAGACCCAGCUACUUACACACACAAAUCAUUCCCGUAUGGCAAAGAUCUCCAAGUUGCAAAGCUGCAGAAAGACCUUGAAGAAGUAGUUGAGGUCUUUGCCUCAAAUGCUGAGAAACUUGCCCCACUUGGCUCAAGCCAGGCAAAUGAGUCACUGAAUAACUCUGUAGGAAGCAAGGCUCCUGCGAUCCGCGACUAUGGGGCAAGUGAGAGCAACGGCUGCGGAGUAGCUUGUGCCGUCAGCCAAAAGAGUCUUGGUUUUAGGAAAAAUAGAUUUGGCUUAUUAGUCCCCUCCACCUCUCUAAAACUUGAGUUCCCCCACUUUUACCUAAUUGAAUGUACACUGGUCUAAUAGUUGGCAUAUUAAUAUCAUAUCCUUGUUUUCAACCUGAAGGACAGUUUUGCCUCAUGUUAUAAACAUGCAGUGGUAAGGAUGGUGUCAGGAUUUGGGUACCUUGUUUGAUGGACAGGCAUAUCUUUCAAUGGGGAGUAUGUAUUGUAUAUGUAUGUAUUUAUAGCCUCUCAGGGGCUUGUACCACAGAAACCAGGUUGAGCCCUAGCCUGGAAUUUACACUAAUUUAUAAGGUCCUUACUUGACAACUUUUACUUUAAUCCUCACCAAUGAUAUUUGUAACAAUUUGAUACAAUCUAUUUUUACAAUAAUUGACCCCUCAAUGAUUGCUUGUUUCAUCAAAUAUAUGUGAUAAAAUACAUGUAAAGCAAAACUAUUUCCAAUUUGUGUUACAUAUACCUUAUAUGUUAUAUUGUAGGUAU